AUGGCAUUCCAUUGGAUGAAUGCAUCGCUUGAAGCAUUAGCAUCAAUGAUCACUGAUAUGAAAUCUGCUAUCAUUGACCUCAACUCGAAUGUGAAGACCAUACAAAUGGAUCUACACGCUAUGACUGCCACUAAUACAGACCUCGUGUCCCAGCUCGCUGCUAAAACAGCUGCAUAUAAGGAACUUGAUGAUGAGAAUAUUUAUCUUCGAAAGCAACUGACAGCCAUCAAGUCUAAAUCAAAUGACAAUGACACAACCACUAAUAAUACCUUAGUAAUUGGCAGCUCUAUAGUGAGGUCCAUUGACCCAAGUAAACUCAUCAACACUGAUGUGGACUGCAUCAGCGGAGGGACUAUUAAAGAUGUCCACAAAAAGCUCACAUCACUUGACAAAUCUUACGACCGCCUAGUUCUCCAAGUUGGGAGCAAUGACACUACGAAAAAGGAUGCCACAGCUCAAAGUGUCAUAAAUGACUAUGAGCUCCUACUCAAAGGAGCAAAACAUGUUUGUGAAGACAUUUGCGUCUCAAGUAUAUGCCCACGUACAGACAAGCCCCUAUCUCAAGAGAUGGCCGAGACGGUCAAUGCUCAACUAGACCAACUCUGUCAGAAGGACCCUAACCUCACAUUCAGCAAUAAUGACGUUACUUUCCGUCUUCAAAACAACUCCAUCAAUACUGGUUUCUUAGAUUUUAAAGGCCUGCACUUAACUAAAAGUGGUACUAACAGUUUGGCCCAAAAUAUGAAACUCGUCCCCAAACCAGAUCAUAAAAGUGACAUAACCAAAAUGUUCAACCCUCGUAGGAACCCCAACCAGUCCAUUCCCCAGCGUGAUGCCACUCCAAGCUCUAAGAACGAAAACUGGCAGACUGUAAAAUCUAGAAACUUUAGAAAUCAACGCCCUAACCCCAUGACACCAACAAAUAAUAAACCCAAUGUACCCUCGAAACCGGCAUGUUUCUUAUGUGGGGAGACAUCUCACCUGGCCAGCUCAUGUUGGCACCCAAAUGCAGUCAGAUGUUACUCCUGCAAUCAAUUAGGGCACAAAUCAUCCCGAUGCAACAAUGGCUCUAGCCCAGCAGGGGAUCGAUAGGACACUGGCUACGUAAAAGCCAUACCCCCGAAGUCUCAUCACACUAAACAUAAAACUCGUAGAGGACGCAGACAGAAACAUUCCAAAUGUGC